ACAACUCACCUAGUAUUUCGUUUGUAUGUAUACAUACAAUAAUGUCUAUCUCAUUGCAAAAGCAUAUACUUAUGUGGCCCGUAUAACCAAACACUUAAAAAAAUCAAAAAUAUUAAAAUAAUAAAAAUCUUGUUUUUCAUUUUUCUCGUAGCCCUUAUCAAAAUUCCCAGAUUUUAUUUCUUGUUUCUUGGCCUUCAAAACAUCAAGAUCAUAUAAAACAUUAAAACCCCUAGUAUUCAAUUGAUGGGUUGUUAUUUUUAAUUGUUUUUUUGAUGAUGGAAGUUGAUGUUGAGAAUUGAAGCUAGGGUUUUGUUGAAUAUAUACAUACAUACUUUUAUGAUGGCUAAUUUUUGGUUGUUGAUUUUAUGUUUUUCUUGUUGGAUUUCAAGUGGGGUUCUUGCUAAUGUGGUUUUGAUGACAAACAAUGCUACCUUAUCUUUUCAAGACAUUGAGGCCAAUUUUUCUCCAUCAAUAAAAGGAUCAGGGGAAUGUGGCACUCUGUACAAGGCAGAUCCCCUGGAUGCUUGCUCACCCCUAAAGAACAUAGUUCCUAAAAUCAAAGAAGGUGGUCUCUCUCUAUUUGCGUUGAUUGUUAGAGGCGGAUGUAGCUUUGAAGAUAAAGUUAGAAGAGCGCAAAUUGCAGGUUUCAAAGCAGCCAUUGUGUAUGACAAUGAAGAUGGUGAUUUAGUUGCAAUGGCUGGAAAUUCAGCUGGGAUAAGAAUACAUGCUGUCUUUAUUUCCAAAGCUUCUGGCCAGUUACUCACCAAAUAUAUUGGUGCAACUAACAUGGAACUGUGGAUUAUUCCGAGUUUUGAAAACUCAGCAUGGUCAAUCAUGGCUAUAUCUUUCAUUUCACUACUUGCCAUGUCCGCAGUACUGGCUACAUGUUUCUUUGUGCGGAGACAUAGAAUAAGAAGAGAACGGCCCCGAGCACCGCGAACUCGUGAAUUUCAUGGGAUGAGUAGUCAGUUGGUGAAAGCCAUGCCAUGCCUAAUAUUUACAGCAGUUUUGGAUGAUAAUUGUACAUCGUCAACAUGUGCGAUAUGUAUCGAGGAUUACACCGUUGGUGAGAAGCUUAGAGUUUUACCAUGCCGGCAUAAAUUCCAUGCCACCUGUGUUGAUGCUUGGCUUACCUCCUGGAGAACAUUUUGUCCUGUUUGCAAACGUGACGCAAGGACAAGUACAGGUGAGCCACCAGCAUCAGAACGUACGCCUUUGCUUUCAUCUGCAGCGUCUUCUAUAUUGUCGUCAUUCAGGUCAUCACUGGCAUCAUCACCAGCCAUGCAAAUAGGGUCUGCAAGGUCAAACCGGUUUGCAUCUAUAUCUCGCGUUGGGUCAUAUGGUAGUUCUUACUAUCAACAAUCUCUUCCGUCCUAUCAGCAGUCCCCACAUCUAAGUGCGAGCCAAAGUUCAUUAGACCUCAGAAAUGCAUCUUCACAAAGAUCUAUUGCUCCCCAUUUGGCUUCGUCAAACUCACUGGGUUACCCAUCUCUAUCACCUCUUAAUGCCAGAUACAUGUCCCCAUAUAUUCCUAGUCCUGGAAAUGCAUCAAGUUAUAUAGGGUCUUCUAAUCAGGCACACCCAUUGCAUCUAAGCGAGUCAACUGCAAGCUUUUCUCCGUAUGCUUCAGCUCAUUCUCUUCCAGGAUGCUGAUAUCACCGCAGAGCUCUCUGACCAUAUAGUGCGAAAGCUUAUAAGAUGUUUACCAGACUACCUGUUGAUUUCUGUUAUUUAGAUAAAGGAAGCAAGAGUGUUAUGUAUUGUGCAGAGUCUGUAAAUUGUAGAAAAUUGUUUUCUUUUUUUCAUUCGACCACUAGUUGUGUUUUAAAGUUUGUUUUGAGGAGCCUUUAAAGUCUUUGCAUUGAUAUGGUCUUUAUGAUGCUUGGUGCUUUGGCUA